AUUGAACAUAUUUCAAGGAACUUGGUUUCGGUGAAGUCGUCAAAUUCCUUUUAUCGUCAACGUUUCCACAGCCCUCAGAAUAGAAAUUUCCAACAAGCCAAAGCCUACGUAAUGAAGCGCCCCAAUAACCGGCCGACAAACACAAUGUCUCUCAUUCUGUGCCUCACCCUCUCCUCUCUGUGCGUAAGUUCACAAUCUGCCUCUGUACACGGGAAAAACUUCGCCACCAACAGAGCAGUAAAAUCGUCAUCACCUUUCGUGGUACUUUCCCCCGACGACAACGUGGUCAGUAUGUAUGAACAGAAUGGCUACCGCUCGGCUCUCCGCGAAGCGUUCGACAAAAGCUCGCGAGAUUAUGACGAUAAUGGCGAGGACGUAUUUAGCAACGAGAAAAGGAGAUUACGGUUCCACAAAAGGAGACUCCGAUUCGACAGGAGAGAUCAAGAUGAAGGUAACUUUCGGCGGUUCCCGACCAACGCAGUUUCUAUGUCAGCAGAUGAAAACUCUCCUUUCGAUCUUUCUAAUGAAGACGGCGCUGUUUAUCAACGUGAUCUGAGGGCUCCGAGACUACGCUUCUACUCCUUACGCAAAAGAGCUGCAGGGGAAAUGGAGCAGUCGGAAGGACAAAAUCCUGAAACGGAAAGCCACUCAAGGAGAAAACGGUCUGUCCUAACGCCUUCGCUUUCGAGUCUUGGUGAGUCACUCGAGUCUGGAAUCUCGAAACGAAUCUCCAUCAACCAGGACUUGAAGGCUAUCACAGACAUGCUGCUUACAGAGCAAAUCCGAGAAAGGCAAAGGUAUCUCGCUGACUUACGCCAACGUCUCUUGGAAAAGGGCAAGCGGAGUUCUGGCGUCAGUCUGCUCACCUCCAACAAGGACGAGGAACAGAGGGAACUGCUGAAAGCGAUAAGCAACCUCUUGGACUAAUGGAACAGUCUGUAAAGCGAACGACACAAACCCAAACGGUGUCGGUAGGGUCGUAAAACAUUAAACAUUUUACAACCAAAACUUU